CUGUAGAGGAGUAUGUCUGAAGCUCCCACCGGGAACACUGCUCACUACUUUUACCUCCAUGGGUUUGUGUAAGACCGCACCUGGUUAAGAAGUGUUGUUGAGACGACCUGGCACUCAAGUUUGGUACCCCAUGAAGUGGCCUGGAGUGGGUCAGUCCAGCAGGUCAGUGCACUCGGUGUGUGGGAAGCAAGAGAGAGCCAUGAGCACUCUGGGUCGGUCCAAGGACAAAACCUGGGGGGUCGCCCUCAGACCGGGCAUGGAUAUGGCCACCCUCCGGAGCGCCUGGGAGGAGAGAAGGCUCCUGAACGGAUUCAACCGCAAGUUAACCCGUUGGUUCGGUAGAAACACAGGCUCGGUCCUGUACAAAUGUAUUACAGAACUGUCUCCGGACUGGUUAGUGGAAUCCCCCCGUUUGUCCACUGCCUCCAUCAGUAGUAAUGAGCGGGCACCCUCCGCCACACCCUCUGACUGCUCCGACUUCCCCUCCGCUGGCCAGCGCCCCGUGAGCCUGGUCUCCACCUUGUCCUCGGGGUCAGGGUCAUCCCGGGACGACGGCCCCGCUCCGCCUCCACCUGGCGGCACCGUGCCCCCUACCGGAGACGACAUCGACUUGGAGCUGAAUCCUCCGGUUGGCGUCGGCGAUCAGGACCGCCAGCACCCCGAUACGGCGGACCCUUCUGGGGAAGGACUGGUCUCUCGUGGCGGGAAGUUCAACCAGCUUAACAACACUGACACGCCCUCGCGGGCUGCCAGCACCCGCCACACGCCCCCGUUAUCGCCCUUCGCAGCCAUAACCAUGGCGCCCAACCCCAAGAUCACCUACUUGGAUCGGGUGGUCAUGGAGAUCAUCGAGACGGAGCGCAUGUACGUGAGGGAUCUGCGCAGCAUCGUGGAGGACUACCUGGCCCACAUCAUCGACCAGGCAGACCUACCCAUUAGACCAGAACAGGUGUGUGCCCUGUUUGGAAACAUCGAGGACAUCUACGAGUUCAACAGUGAACUGUUGCAGUCCUUAGAUAUGUGUGACAACGACCCUGUUGCCAUCGCUAGGUGCUUCGUCAUGAAGAGAGAGUAUUUUGAGAUCUAUACACAGUACUGUACCAACUACCCAAAUUCUGUGGCUGCUCUGACAGACUGCAUGAGGAACAAAUCCUUGGCCAAGUUGUUCCGGGAGCGGCAGGCCUCACUAAAACGCUCCCUUCCCCUGGGCUCCUACCUGCUCAAGCCUGUACAGAGGAUCCUCAAGUACCACCUAUUGCUUCAGGAGAUAGCCAAGCACUUUGACCCACAAGAGGAGGGCUAUGAGGUCGUGGAGGAAGCCAUCUACACCAUGACAGGCGUGGCCUGGUACAUCAACGACAUGAAGAGGAAACACGAGCAUGCCGUUCGACUGCAGGAGGUCCAGUCUUUGCUGAUCAACUGGAAAGGACCGGACCUGACCACGUACGGGGAACUGGUCCUGGAGGGCACCUUCAAGGUCCACCGGGCCAAGAACGAGCGCACACUCUUUCUCUUCGACCGCAUGCUCCUCAUCACCAGGCGCCGAGGAGAGCACUACGUCUUCAAGACCCUCAUCUCGUGUUCUACCCUCAUGCUAAUCGAGAGUGCCAAGGACUCUCUAAGCUUCAGCGUCACUCACUACAAGCACCCCAAGCAGCCCCACACAGUGCAGGCCAAGACUGUGGAAGAGAGAAAACUAUGGGCCCAUCACAUCAAAAGGAUCAUUCUCGAAAACCAUCAAGCCAUCAUCCCUCAGAAGGCAAAGGAGGCCAUCUUAGAAAUGGACUCGAUUUACCCAUCAAAGUUCCGGUACAGUCCAGAGAGAAUGAAAAAGGCCAUGUCCUGCCAAUCAGACGAGUUUCCCAGAGAGGGUCGUCAGGGGCGACGGCAGUCGGAACCGACCAAACAGAUCCUGAAGAACACCAAAGCCGUCCUCAAGCACGCAGACAGCGAAGGGGCCCUACCAGACGACCCGCGCUCCAUUCAGGCAGCCGCUAGCAUCAGCACCCUGGGCUCGAGCCUAGGCGAGUCCGAGGCUGAGAGGCCUAGUGUGGAGGAAGAAGAGGAAGAAGAAGAAGAGGAGGAGGAUAUGGGCCUUAGGAAGGGCUCACUUGAGAGGCUAAGCCCCAGUGACAUUGAGGAGCCGAGGACAGGGUCAUCGUCCCACAAGGGCAGGGCGACCCUGGGGGAGGAAUGUGACUCGGAUGAUAUUCUGAUGGAGGAAGACCAGGUAGAGGACUUUGCCAGUUCCAUGCUGGCCGCCAUCUCCUGCUGGCACUAUAGAGCCAGGGCUUUGCUUUCCAUGGGGGUCACAACGGAUGAAGAGGGAGACGAUGUAGUUGAGGAGAAUGGGUCUUACAAAGAGAAUGGGAUUUCAUCUGGUCCUGUGUUACAGUCGGAGACGGAGCAAAGCACCUCCAUCGCGGAGAAGGCUCCUCAGGAAAAGCCACUGCUCCAGACCAAGACCUCUGCCUCGGAGUCCACUGAAAGGCUUAAGCCAGCCCCCUCGGACCCAGAGAAGGCUUCUGCCACUCCUCCCAAGGUCUGCACCACUCCUCCCAAGGUCUGCACCACUCCUCCCAAGGUCUGCACCACUCCUCCCAAGGUCUGCACCACUCCUCCCAAGGUCUGCACCACUCCUCCCAAGGUCUGCACCACUCCUCCCAAGGUCUGCACCACUCCCCGCUGGAUCGCAUUACCAGAGCCCCAGAGUGACAAGGAGGAUGCAAUGGAGGAACAGACCGGGGCGUCAUCAGUAUCUCAGUCAGAUGACAUAAAAACAUUGAGCAGUGCAGAAUCUUCCGAAGAAGAGGAGGAAGAGGAAGUAUCAGCAGCACAGGAGAGCGGGCCCAGCAGCAUUCUACCUCCCUCCGUACUGAAUCAAGCCAGUGCCAUCGCGGAGCACUUCACCAACAGCGCCAGGCGAGGCAGCACGGAUGAUGCCCGCUCCCUUGGCUGCCCCUCGCCACGCCUUCCCAGCCGGACUGGCAGCACCCUCAGCCUUGGCGGCGAAGGCAAUGAACGCCCCCACUGGCUGAACAGCUCCUGCUUCGAACCGACCCAGGACAACUUUGGCGGAACGGAUCUGACUAUGCUUUCUCCGAGGGAUGACAGCCUCUUUGAGAUCCACAGGAGGAGAGACUCUACCCUAUCCAAGCAGGACCAGUUGCUCAUUGACAAAAUCAAAAGCUACUACGAGACUGCCGAGCACCAGGAUGCCAACUUCAGCCUCAGGCGCAGGGAGAGCCUGACCUACAUCCCUACUGGCCUUGUCAAGAACUCUGUCAGCUGGUUCAACAGUUCGGACGAGAGCCCUGGCGCAGAGAAAAGUGAUACAUCAGCCUUGGCCACUUCCUCUGCACCCCACCCUUCCACUUCAGAACCUGCUGAUUCAUCCAAGGCUCCAGGUGUCUGGGACUGCAUGACCUCCGGUGCAUCAUUUGACUCACUGGAGUUGGAAAGAAGUAAGAAGCCUGAGGUGGUGGGUUCAGAGGCAGAGAGAAAGGACCGGUCUCUGGGUUUUCAGGAGAGGCACAUCCAGGACGAUGAGUUCCGACCUUCAUCUGAGAUGAUCAAGGUUUGGCAGGACAUGGAGAAAAAGGGGAGCAGAUCCCAGGGAGAGGCCAGAGGCCCUGUGAAAGACACCGAGGCUCAACACAAGACCUCUAGAGUCGCUGGUCCAAGCCUGAGCAGAAGGAGCCAGACUCCAAAGAAGAACUCUGAAUCGGAGCCUGACGAUUCCUUUAUGAUACUGGAGGAAGCUGACCUGAGCACCAUCACUGAAGAAUCCAUGAGCCCUUCGCCCAUUAAGAGCAAGGUGUUGGGGCUUGGCCGUACAGCGAGUGUGAGGGAUCCCCGCAGAUCCAGGGUUGACGAGGGUAGGCUUUCCAGAGCUCCUAUGCCCAGGGUCAUCCAGUUGAGGGCUGAGGAAGGGGAGGAGGCCAGUAAGGAGCCUCAGUCGCCAGACGAUGCAGAGAUGGCUAAGAACAAAGUUUUCCAGUUGGCCCGGCAGUACAGCCAGCGUAUCAAGUGCACCACACCAGCUCCUAGACAGCGAGAUGUCCUGUUUGGAAAGAAGAAUCUGCCCUGUGUGAUCGAGGAGAAGCCAGAGAGCUCAGGUAAACCCAACUUGACGCUGCCCCUGCUCUCGUUUGAUCGUGUGAGCAAUCUCCAGGAGUUGAGUCCUAUAGCCAUAUCUCCCAACCCUGCUCACAUGCCUAGCUCUUUGGGCAGUCCCCGAGUCCUUUCACCCGGCCGCAUGUCCGCCAAGAGCCCACUCAAUCCUACGCCUACCGAGGCUUUUAACUGGCCUGACGUGCGGACACUUCGCUGCAAGUAUGCCAGCUCGGACAAAGAUCAGUCCCAGCUGCCGCCAGUUAACCGAAGCCGUUCAGUUCCUGAGAGGAUGGACAGCGGCCCCAAAAGGCGCUCAAGCUUCUGCUCCAGCUUAGUCACUGCUUCUGGUACGGUCGAGGCUCCGGCCUACAGACCCCACCUCAGCAGGGACCCUGGCCCUGGAGAGGGGUUGGCUAGGCUCCACAGGGCCGGGUCAUUGGACCAGAGACUGAGUGGGCUGCAUCUGAGUGAGCUACAGAACCUCCAGGAUGAGGUCUCUAAUGACAGUUACUACAUCUCGGCACAGGCCACCAUGCCCAAUGACCACAGGGUCGUUGUUGUGGAGAAGGUUCCGGAGCCUGAGACAGAAUCCAGCUCUGCAGAACCACUGGAGAUGGUACUCAGGGCAAGGAGAGUAGAGGUGGUAGAGGACAUAGAUGAUAGCUAUGUCCAGAUCCGUUCACCGACCACUAGAGAGAAAAUCUCCAUCAUGGCUGUAAUCGACCGCUGCCGGGCCUAUCAGGAGUCAGAUGAGUAUAGGCAAAGGGAGGAGGGCGGGGCUAAGGCAGAGUCAGUACCCUUAAGUGGGAGGGGCAAGGAGCUUGACAAGGGUCCACCCUCAAAUGAAAAGCUUGAAGAUGCCCAGAAAACUGCCAUGAACUUGGUCAAAAAGACAGAUGCUAGUCAACAGAACGUGGUGAAAAACUUGAGACAAAAAUUCCUUAACUUGAGGUGAAUAGCACCAGUAAACUUUUUAAGUAACCUUUUAUUCUGUUCAUAUUUUUCAUCAACUAAGGGGUUUAAGUUAGGUAUGCUGAUCUCAAGUUAGGAUUCGGUGUGCGUGUUGGUCAGUCUUGUACUGCAAUUUAAUGGUUUAAGCUUUGCUGUCAAACUUUCUGUGUACAUAGAAGCGGUUAUUGUGACAGCCCAGGGAAAAUGUAGUUGUUUUGUCUCAAAUGUUGCAUAGAAAUGUUUAAAUAUCUAUGUACAAUACUCAAGAGAACCCUCUCUUGAUCCUGAAAUGAUGUCGGUCUAAAGCACCUUUUGUACAGCUUGUGUUCCGUCAUAAGGCAAUUGUAUUGCACAAUUGAAGAUAGCAAUUAUUUGGAGGGAGUGAAAUGUAUUUAGUUCUUUCUAGGGUGGCUACCCACUGGGCACAGAUGUCACUUCAACGUCUAGUUUUAAUUUACAUUUGAUUGACUUGUCAACUAACGUAAAUUCAAAGUAAAACCAACAAACAUUUUCACCAUCAUUUGGAUUUAGGUACAAAGUUGGGUGAAAAAAAGACAAAUUCCUUUACGUCAAUGACCAUGUUGAUUCAAUGUCUUCAAAUUGAAUUGUUUUGUUGAAAUGACAUGGAAACAACAUUGAUUCAACCAGUUUGUGCCCAGUGGCUACUGUGUCUCUGACAUGAAAUGAGAGCCCCUCAACAUCAUAGCAGCACUACUGUUUACUGGAAAGCACAGAAAUAUAUGAUAUUGUCUGACGACAAUAGUUUUCGGGGGAAAUGCUGACCAGAAAAUUAAGGGAAUGAGUCUGAAACUUGAGAGCAAUGCAUAAUUUGCUGUUUUUACCAUCUUUCCUUGAACUUUCACCCUGCACUAGACUUAACUUUCACUGCACAUGGCCUGACCACUAAAAUACACAUGAGAGAGUCAUGGCCAUACUGGGAUAUAAUGGUUAAUUAAUUGCCCUGUGACCACUUUGUAAAUCCCACCUGAAGUGGUGAUAGCUCAAGGAUUGUCUUGUAAUUUUAUAUAAUCAUUGAAUUGUCAAAUGGAUUGAGAAUCAAAGACCCUGUAUGAAGUGUUGCUCUUUUCUAGUUAGUCAACUUCUUACCUUGAUUAUAUAUAUAUAUAUAUAUAAUCAUUGUUCAGUUAAUUGGCUAAUGAUGUGCACUUUGUAUGUGUUCUCUGCUUCGGCUGCCCAAAGGAACUUCAUUCUCAGCAACAGGUCAUUGAAAUGAGUCGACGUAAAACUUGAAAGAGUGAGAACUAGUGUACACGUAUAGAUCCAGGGGACCCUAGUCAAAAGGGUCCAGGUCUUCUACUGCUAAAAAGUGUUACUGUCACUGCUCACUACUCCGAGGGUCAUUCCUUUUCUUCACUAUCUACAUUUACCUCUUAUUUAUUAAGCCAACGUCAAUUUAUGAACAUGUCUUGUCUUUAUAUAUUUGUGAGUGUGUGUAUGUAUGUGUGUAUAUAUGUAUGUAUGUAUGUAUGUAUGUAUAUAUAUAUAUAUAUAUAUAUAUAUAUGUAUAUAUGUGUGUGUGUAUGUAUGUAUAUGUGUAUAUAUAUAUAUAUAUGUGUGUGUGUAUAUAUAUGUAUGUAUAUAUAUGUGUGUAUGUUGUCUUGUAUCUUGACGGUUGUACAGAAAUGUUUGUGUUGCCUAGAGACGGUAUACAUUCCAUAUUAAAACAUACGGCUCACUUGUCCAGAAAAAAAUGUUUAUUGUGUGCGCAUGCGUGCGUUCGAGUCAGGGAGAGCAUGUCUUUCUGUUUCUUUUAAAGAAUUUGGGCUGUAUGGCUGAAAAAAUAAGGUUUAGUUGAAUCUCCUUUACGGUUUACACAUUAGAAUUGGUGCUGCAUGGCUGGACAAGAAAGAUUCAGUCGAAUCUCCUUAACACGGAACCCAAACAGUCUGCGUGCGCCAUCGUGCACACAAAAUUAUUUUGUACCCCCACAUCAAACGCGAUCGUGACACGCAGGUUAAAAUAUCAAAACAAACUCUGAACCAAUUACAUUUAUUUGGGGACAGGUUGAAAAGCAUUAAACAUUUAUGGCAAUUUAGCUAGCUAGCUAGCUAGCUUUCACUUGCUAGUUAAUUUGUCCUAUUUAGCUAGCUUGCUGUUGAUAGCUAAUUUGUCCUGGGAUAUUAACAUUGAGUUAUUUUUCCUGAAAUGCACAAGGUCCUCCGACAAUUAAUCCACACAAACGGUCAACCGAAUCGUUUCUAGUCAUCUCUCCUCCUAGUCCUUUUCUCUUGGCCCUAUAUUGCGAUUGGCAACUUUCAUAAAUUAUGUACAUUACCGCCACUGACCUUGUUCGUCUUUCAGUCACCAACGUGGGUAUAACCAAUAAGGAGACGGCACGUGGGUGGGUACCUGCUUCUAUAAACCAAUGAGGAGAUGGGAGAGGCAGGACUUGCAAUGCGAUCUACGUCACAAAUAGAACUGACUUCUAUUUUAGCCCUUUCUAUUUUUAGUGCGAACGCUCGUUGGCGCUCGCACAAUAAUUAAUUAAUUUUGCAACGCUUGCGCAAGCGGUGUAGUCAGCCUGUUAUAGUGUCCAUAUUAGGACCGGCUCACUGUACUCCUUAGAAAAGAAUCAUGACGUUUAGAAUGAUUCGGUCCAUAAAAAGGAUAUGACCACUACAUGUCAUGACGACAACAGACAUUACCUGAAUUAGGAAAGCUGCUGUUUGUGGUAAUAAGAGACUGCUAUGAGGUGGUUAUGGUUCAAUGGUUUCUAAACAGACAUACUUUUUAUAUAAUAAUAUAUGCCAUUUAGCAUAUAUGCCAAUUUUACUUAAUGUCAUCCGUGCAUACAUUUGACAUAUGGGUGGCCCCGGGAAUCGAACCCACAACCCUGCAAGCGCCAUGCUCUACCAACUGAUCCACACAGGACCACUGAAGGUAGAUUUGAAAUGCACUACAGUCUCUGCUAAAUGGCUCUCCUACUUGUCAGCGAAGUGAUUGGAAACCCUUUCAGAAUGGGUAGAGAGGAGGGAGAGUGUGCAUUGACAAUGGGACAGAUGCAGUUGUUGUUCGUGGUAGCGUUGAACACCAAUUAACUCGACGGUGAAUGUGGGAAGAUCAUUACGAGUGUCGUAUAUAUGCGUUUCACAUAAGCCUUAGCUAUUCUCUAUAAUGUGUUUCUAGCUAUUAUAGAACAGAAAAUCCAGCAGAAGUGGAGCCUCUAUCAUUAUUUUAUUAUGUUGCAUUGUCUAUUCUGUUCCUUAUGUGAGAUUUUCAGAUGUGAGAUUUUCAGGUGUAAGAUUUUCCACUCGUAGCAAACAACAAUGUCAUUUCUGAGAAACUGAUGCUAGUGUCAAGACUGCAUUCGGUUCUAAACAAGUAGUGCUUUAUGAUUAUGAUAUGUAAAUAAAUCUGUCAUGUUUAAAAA